AAUAUCAUUUGUACCAUCAAUCUUCAACACAACUACAUCAAUUCCAAGUGCAUAGACAUGUGCCAGCAACAUGUACAUCAAGAACAGAUCCAAACCACUCAAACAAAGCCUGUUGUUGGCCAUCAGCCCACUCUGCACUUUUUCCUCAAUACCUACUUGAUUCACAACUGUGAUCAUAUCUGA